AUGUCUUCCUUGCCAUCAUAUUCCGGACCGAAGUAUCUCCGCAGGACAUCCGUUACUCCAAACGCAGCCAUUUAUUCUCGAGCUGCCACCGAGAUCGAAAGAGGUUCCACCCCAACAAAUGAUAAUCGGUCUUCGUCCCAAGAGUCCACUUUUAAUCCAGCGGGUAAAUUACACCGCAUGUCUACCUUAUUCAUUACGGAAACGUCCCGAACAAAGCAGGUACUUAAGGCAGCGUUUGAAGACACAGCAAGAACUGAAUACCGUAAAUUAAAAUACGAAAAUGAGCACUUGUUAGCUGAAUGGAAGCAACUACGUAAAUUUAUUGAACAACUGCAAAUCGAUUACACAUCCACUAAACAAUUAGACCCGCUACGUCGGUACAAACAACUUCAAGCGAUAGCUAAGAGGACCGUCAUGCACCUACGCUUGAUGGAAAUCGGAAGUGUAACACGUGACCCCUUGAUUCCAGCUGCCUCCAUUCCUGGAAGUGUAGUUCAAAGCGAAACGAAAGAGCGUGAAAUGGAAAAGCGAAUCAUGCAACUGUGUGAUAAUUACGAAAAAGAUGAACUCGAGGUGGAGAAUCGUCGUCUCAGAGAAAUCAACGAACGCUAUGACAAUCGAAUCCAGAACAUCGUCGAAACGAUCAAUGAAUUGGACGUGAUAUAUCAUACAAACAAGAACGAAAGUAUUUUCAAACGAUAUGUGACACUACGUAAUGCUAUUAAAGAUAUCGCGAAAAAUCCAGAUCUAGUUGAAGCACCCUAA